AUGCCCGUUAGCCUCCUUUGCGCCUUUCCGUCCAGCCGCCCGUGGCUGCCUGGGUCACAGGCUGCGUCAGAACAAAAUAGCAAAAUGAACGGCCACCUAAGCUUUGAGGAGGGCUGGAAAGUCCUGGAACAGGGGAUUUUAAAAUGCUCGAAGAUUUUGGAGUGCACCAGUACAAGGCCUACUGUGAACGAGUACAUGAACUACUAUGAUUGUGCUUACAAGAUGGCUGUGCAGAAACAACAUUACUGCCAAGAAAUGUACAAUGGUUUCAGGAUGACGCUUGCAGAAUGUGUCCGCACAAUGGUUCUGCCCCAUCUCAUGCACAAGCAAAAUGACAGCUUUUUCAGAGAGCUUGUGAAAAUGUGGUCAAACUAUUGCAUCAUGAUUAGAUGUGUAACUGGCUUCUUCAGCUAUUUGGACCGCUGCUAUGUGGAGCAGUACAAACUACCAUCACUUAGCGAUACUGCUGCUACUGCUUUCUUUCGUCCGGUCUUUUCCUACUUCAAUGAUGAAGCAAGAACUGCUCUUCUUACUCUGAUCCAACGAGAACGUGAUGGAAGCAUGAUGGAUUCGAGCCUUCACGAUGUUAUGCAUGGCAUAUGUUGUUCCGAAGUCAAAUCCAUAAUGCAAAAUGCUUUUCUUGAUGAAACAUAUGGCUACUACUCCAUGAGAAGUUCUGAAUGGAUUAGGCACUACUCUUUGCCAGAUUACCUUGCUAAGGUUGAGGAAAGUAUGGAAACAGAAACCAAGAGGCUGGCUUACUAUCUGGAAAUUUCAAGUGGGGACAGCUACCCGCUCUGUUUGCAGGCUGUAAAUGCUCCAUUGAUGGAAACUUAUGUCAAUUAUGUGACAGAGAAACAAAUCAGUGGUCAGCUGAUGCUUGAAACGUACAAGACUGUUGAGGAGGAACUGCUUGGCAGAUGCAGUAGCUUGACACUUGGUUGA